AUGUACGCUCCCGGCCGACCGGAGGAAUUUGGUGAAUUUUGGUUGCGCAAGAGACGUGACUUUGAUCCUGAAGCCUAUCGCAUGAAGUGUUCAUGUAAACACACUCACGAGGAGCACGAGUGCUAUCCCUCGCCCUAUCGCUGUCGAGCCAAGGGCUGCGGUUGCGGUGCCUUCAACUCAGCCUCCGUAUGUGCCGCCUGCGACAUGCACUGGCAGGACCAUAUUACCGUCUUCGAGACCGAACAGGAACGUAAACAGGCUGGCCGGCAAAUACGUGCGUUCGUUACUCCUCUAAUACUGACCCCUUAAUGCGUACUUUGUCUUAAAUCGCCCUUCUUACCUAUAUGCCACGAGCUGAUGGAGAGCGGAUCUUGCCAUUUAAACCAUAAACUGUGUGUACUUAAAUGUUUUAAGUAGGCUUUUUGUGACAUUUUAUUCUGCGUAAAAUUCUUUCCGCACGAUCCAGUGUGCAUAAAGCUGUCUCCUAUGCAACCAAAUUUGAGUCGGAGUUUUUCGCUUACAAAAAGAAGACCUGGAGAAAUAUUCUUUUUCUAGACAUGGUGAACCAUGCAUAAUUGAUCAAUCCUGCACCUUUAAAAUUGCAGACACUAGCUAGCCUCGAAUUAGGGUCUUAGAAUGUCCGGUCUAAUCCCCUGUCGUUAAGCUUUGAUAAGGAUGCAGCCUUGUUUAAAUGGAUUGGUUCGGUGGAUUUAGACCAGGUAGACGUGAAGCAGACCCAGAUGUUCCAGACUUUUUGUCAUCCAACCAAAACGCGCCCAAAGAAAUCUGAAAUGGCCGUUGUCUCCCAGUUCCCAUUGUCUUUGUUGGUCUUCCUCUGUCUCUGUUUGUCUGAUCGUCUUACAACCUGGUAGAUAUGUCAAAAUGGGGAGCUGACACAAGAGUUCUCAAUAGUCGAUAGCAUGAGGAUCCCUAAAUCACAAGUCAGAGAGAACAGCUUAUGUUGGAAAGCUCUAUUUGUACGGCAGAGCGUGCAUGAGGUGCAGCAAGGAGUUGUUGCAAGUUGUCCCUUCAGGCGUGCUAGUGUCCGCCGUUGACGUUCUUGGCCCUCAGCACGUGUGUACGCCUCUGCUUUGUCUGACUUGUGUCCGCUUUCUAGUCAAUCAGCGAAGGAACAACACUGAUUGACUCCGAGCUCUCGCGCGGCUAAUGACAAGCCUCUCGCGGUCCCGUAGAGAAUAAACAGGCAGUGUGCGACGGACAGAAGGGCAGCGUGACAAAGCGCCGCCAAUCAGGGGGAUGGACUGCCGCAGAUCGUGACCGCCAGUACGGAACUGAAAGCAUGUCUUAUCUCGAGUUCCAGGUGUAUGCAUACGUGAGGAAUAAGAAGGGUCGAGCACCGGAACACUUUGUUUAUUGUCCUGAACUUUCGGGCUCGUGCAGGAGUCCGUCGUCAAGGAUGGUAGCAGCAACAGAACAAGCGGCAGUUAUAGGGCAUGUAAGCCAAUCAUCGACCGACGACGUAAGACUGGAGGUGACUGCGCAGAGCUCUGUACACCGACGCCGAAUCGAUAAAUCGACUGACUGAGUCCUCCUCCAAGGCCCGAGCUUCAACCAAUUCUCGGCCUGUUUUAUUUUCGGCGUGGGCGACUACUUUGCUGGUUUUGAUGUUAAACUCGUGACCCAUUUCGUAGGUGUGGGCGGUCACUAGUGAUAGUGCGUCUCCUCGUCGCACAGCCGGCUUAUGCUCGUGUAUGCGCGAUCCGAGCAUGCGCCCAGUCCGGCCUGUGUAGUUGAAAGGACAGUUUUGGCACGGGAUGCGAUACACUACUCCAGACUGCUCCUCGGGCUUUAACUGGUCUUUAAUUUUCAUGACCAUAUUUCGCAUGGUGGCUUUAAGGCGGUGUGCAAUUCCGACAACUGGCUCCGCAGCAAUGCGCUCGGUCGCAUUCAUAAAUUUUCGCUUUCUAAUUUCCUCGGAAACUAUCUACGAACUUGAAGUAUCUACCAGAGAACAGUCAGGGAAUGCUGGGGGACCCACUGAUGAGCCGAACCCCUCACAGCUGCGCCAUGCAGCGGCAGAAUAUCGACGAAACACGCGUGUAUGGGCUUUUGGUUAGUACCUGUGCUGUUAGUAUGGUAUCACCUUACCCUGACGAAUGUAGUGUCGAAUGCGUGGAUUGGUAGUUACCGACAUAAAAUAGAUGUGCCAACUCAUGAAAUGUUGGCGAAAAUUCUGAAAUACGUCUUAGACUGAAUUCAGCGUAAGUUUCUUUUCUGCAAACGAAUGUGCGUAACGUUUGGUCAGCCUUCCGCCACACGGGAACAUCCAAAAAUAUAAGUUUACAGUCAGUUUUCUUUUCAAGUGGAACUUUUGAGUUGAUAGUGCUGCGAAGCACUUCUAGUUGAUCCUUCUUUACAGUAACAAAUGUGUUAUCCACGUGUCGCAGGCACAAUUUAGGAAUAACUAACGGUAGCUCUAAAGUGUACUACUAGCUGCCUGUCGGCAGUUAAUGAAUAUCACGCGGUUACCCUCUGUGGCUGAUGGACUUUGGCCCAAAUAUUCAUACAUAAAAUUCUCGGUCUGAGCCUAUAGAUCUUGAAUAAACUGAUCUACUCCGAGUUCGUAUAUACUUUCUGAGGAAAUUAAAAAGCAACAAGAUCCCAUCAUGUUUGGCAACUGUUUAAAGUCUUUUUCCGGACCAGCCUAUUCCCAGGCAGAGAACAUUAUUGGCCCGGUUGAGACGAAGAUUUUAAUGCCUCUUGUCUCCAGGUGAGGACUGGUUGCCCUUCUCAGAACUGCCAGCCCUCCGGGAUAUUGCGGUCACCGGGGUGGACAACCCAGAUGUGGAGACCCUCGCGGAUGCCCUGCCCCCCUCGAUGCGGGAGAAACUGGCUCAGUCGAAGGACAGACCAGCCCUGCCACCGAGAUAG